AUGGCAGCCAACCACCCUCGAGCCGAGUGCGUUCAGCUGGACAUCACCCACGACACGCACAAUGCCUACGGACUGCAGUUUGACGACAUGUACUGGGACCGCUUUCUCAACAACCUGAAGCCACUUGGUCUGGCCAUACUGCUCAACACCUGCAACCCCAGGACACAGGAGGAGUUUGUGCAGUUUAGCGACCACAUUGCCUGCGAGUCGAUGAACAACGAGGUGGCGGUGCCGGUGAUCAACAAGCGCUGCCUCUGUGAGCUGGCCCGGCAGAUUGGCUUCACUCCGGAUGCCCUCAAGGCGUACGAGUACCGCUACCAGCUGGCACUCUUUCGGCACAUUCGCCCCGAGGUGAUUCAGAAGGGCAAACUGGCGAAGUCACUGAACUUUCCCCGACUGAAGAUGCCCUUUCCGAACAUGACUUGCGCCGUCACCAAUUACACGGUGGCCAACUCGGCGCAGCUCUUCUCCCAGGGCACCGGUGAUCUGGUGUUGGACACCUGUGCCGAGUACUGGAACGGCCAGAGUCUGGUCAUGCUGACGGACUACGAGCGAAAGAAGAUACUGGACUUUUACCAGCGUUCCUCGCUCACCUCCUACUGCACUGCCUUCAGCUACCAGCCGCUGGUGAACGAGUCCAGCGACAGCGCCCAGCUCCAGCUCAGCUCCACUGCGCCCUACCUCAAUGACUUCUACAUUGAGCUGCCGCCGGACAGUAGUCACCUCUUUCCGCUGCAGCGGACGCUCGACUCGAAGAUUCGCGGCCUGGCCAUUGACUCGCACCUCAUCACUAGUCACCCACUGGAGUCAAACUUUCUCAACCCCAGUGAAGCCUACACCCAUGCAAUGUACCUCAAUCCAAAGUUUAAGCAGCUCGGACAUCACCUCAGCUCUGAUUCACUCAUCAAGGCGGACUCCUCCUUAACUAAUCAGCUCAGUGUGCAAGGGGGUGGGGAUGAUGGGGCAGGAGAGAAUAGUAAAGAGACGACACCGGCACCGCAACAGGCGCCACCAGCAGCAGGAGCUUUCCGUCCAAAGUCAAACAGCCUGGAUGCGCAGAAGAUUGAGCAGUCAAUGAAGAACGUGAUCAAUGAGGUCUUCAUUGGCAUGACCACCCUUCAGUACCAGGCGUGCACCGACUUUGUGCGACUUAUUGAGCUUCUUGAAGCAGCUUGCAUUCGCUUUGUACACUUUUCCAAAGAAAAUGAACUUCGAAGUAGAGUGUUCUCGGAGAAGAUGGGCCUUGAAUCGGGCUGGAACUGCCAUAUCUCUCUGCUCAAUGAUUCAGAUAAUGAACUCGAUGAGAAUGGUCAAGUCAAGUCCAAAUCCAGUCGUCGCAAUUCAGAGCUGACUAGCUCCUCUUCAGAUUCUUCUGAUUCUGAAGAGCGAGCAAAGGCGCUGCGAGAGGAAAUCAAAAUGAAGAGUCGUCGAAAGCACAACUCAUUUUCAGUGUCCAGCGAGCGUUCAGAGAGCGUCACCUCGAAUGCUCGUCGAAGCAGGGACUUUCGCAGCGCCAGCAAAAACUCGGCUCAUCCGAACCCGCAGCGAAACAUGUCGCCCUCGCCGAGUCGCGUGACGACGGCCAGCACCAACACUGAUCACAGUGCGCCCAUUGCAUUUGACAUGUCAAACCGAGCGAAGCUGCCGAAGGGUAUCGACAACAUUAGGCCGCACCUGGAGAACGUCGACAAUGUCCCGCUGCUCGUCUCCCUCUUUACCGACUGCACACCGGACACUGCCAAGGAGAUGAUCAAGGUUAUGCAGGAGUACGAGGAGGUGGUCUGCGUCAUUGGCAGCAUGGCCAACGAGUCCAAUCUGCCCAUCUUUCUGCAGGCUGACGCCAGCAUUGGCAUCGACCCCAUGUACCCGCACGUGUGCAUCACCAAGCCAAUCUGCCCCUCGGACACGAUGCCGCCGGAGCACCUGCCGACGGACUUUGUCAGUCCGACUGACCUGGCCAAUCAGCUGGUGGCACUGCCCUGCUCGCUGACCAUGUCUCGCCAGAAUGCCAUCGUCUUCUACCAGCUGAUAAUGAACGCUCGCNACCUGCCGACGGACUUUGUCAGUCCGACUGACCUGGCCAAUCAGCUGGUGACACUGCCCUGUUCGCUGACCAUGUCUCGCCAGAAUGCCAUCGUCUUCUACCAGCUGAUAAUGAACGCUCGAGACUACAUGAUGCGAAUGCGCAACAUCUUCCAGUUCUUCCUCAGCUCCUGUCUCAGUCUGUCACUCGCCCAGCUGGUCACCUCGGUCUUCUUCCUUCCGCCACUCUUCUCGCCCGGCAACGUUCUCUGGCUCUCGCUCAUCGUCAUACCCAUCCUCAGCGUCUCGCUGAUGGGCACUCAGCCUGACUCCAGCGUCAUGAACGUGGCCACGGGCAAGAAGUUGCACCUCAACAAAGAGGUAAUCUUCGAUUUAUGCUUUCCAUUAUACUAA